CACACGCCCUUUCCGGUCUGAGAGACAUCACGACGUAAACAAACCGACGGUCGGUUCUGUUCGGUCUGUUAUCACAUAAAGGAUCAAUAACGAGCCGGUAGACCGGGCUGGAGAGGAGACACGGUUACCAUGGUGAAGUGUGUGGUCUCCGGCUGUCGGAACCGGGAGGGUACCGGUACCGGUACCGGUAAUAACCGGGGUAAUAACCAGAGUCACCGGGGAUUCAACCGGGCACCGAGGAGGUUCUUCAGGUUCCCACAAGACACCGCGCGAGUCCAGGUAUGGCUGGCCGCGCUGAGGGAGACGGACAAGAAGGACUCGACGGAGCAGCAUUUAAUCUGCGAGGACCACUUCCUGCCGGAGGACAUCUCCGCCGACGGGGUCAACAACGACGCCAUUCCCAUCAUGCCCCCCUGCCUGGACGGACCCCACGGCAUGAUCAGCCCCUGGGGAGCCGAGUCGUCCGAGGAAGAGGAGCAGUGGGCCGACGGCGGCGGCUGUGAUGAUGAUGAUGCCGAUGAUGGCGGAGACGACGGUCCUGCUAAAGUAGAGCCUAAAGUAGAACCAAAAUGUCCCGCAGUGGAUCCACCGCAGCCGGCUUCAGGUGUGAAGAAGACUUCAGGGACCAAGACGACUGGCGUCCAGAAGAAAGAGAAGAUCUACACCAAGAGAUCGCCCAGACAGGAUGUGUCGCUGGGGGUGCUGACGCAGCGUUUCCUGGAGCUGCUGCUGAAGGCGCCGGACAGCUCGGUGGACAUCAAGCAGGUGACCACGAGCCUGCAGACCCGCCGAAGACGAGUCUACGACAUCACCAACGUCCUGGAGGGAAUCAACCUCCUCGAGAAGCAGUCGACCAACAGGUUCAAGUGGAUAGGAAGCUGUAAGAUCUCCAGCUUCCUGUGGACGGCCCAGCAGAAGUUCCAGAGAGAGUUGGAGAACCUGAAGCUGGUGGAGGACACGCUGGACACCCUCAUCAAAAGCUGCGCCCAGCAGCUCUUCGACAUGACCGACGACACGGAGAACGCCACGUCGGCCUACGUGACCCAGGAGGACGUCGGCCGGCUCGGAGUCUUCCAGGAGCAGACGGUGAUUGUCGUCAAAGCUCCGGAGGAAACCAAGCUGGAGGUUCCUGCACCCAAAGAGGACAGCAUCCAGGUCCAUCUGAAGGGGGGGAAGGGUCCCAUCGCGGUGCUGACCUGUGAUGUCGGGACCGGAGACGCCACCGCAGAGAAGAGCGGCUGCUUCUUAACGCUGAAGGAAAGCCGGAUAGCGACGGGCGCGCUACACACAGAGUCCUCGAGUCCACAGAGCGCCGUGCAGAGCGCCGUGCAGAGCGCCGUGCAGAGCGCCGUGCAGAGCGCCGUGCAGAGCGCGUAGCCAGCAGCUGACCUCACCGUUCAUCCUACACAAGAUCCUAAAUACGCCGUCUCCAGGUAGCAGGAGGGCCGGAGUCAGAUACAGCUCACCUGUGGUAUAAUACUCAUCAGAUCCAAACUGAUCCUGAGUCAGCUGUUAACCAAUGAAACUGGACAUUCAACAAGAAAAGACGACGCUCAAUCUGUAGAGCGCUUUACUUUGUGAUCUUUACCGUAGGACGGCUGUGUGUCUGGACGGCUGUAUGUCUGGCCUCUCCGGUCGGUCCAGGUUAUUAUUUAUUUUUAUUAUUUUCUUUUGAUAGUAAAGGUUGCCGACCCCUGACUUAUAGCGUUGGGUUUAAAUCCCACAUAUUGACAAAUAGGCACUUUUUUGCUUUUCAUUUUGACACUAAAUCCUCGCCAUCGUCUCGUCCGUCAGCUCUCUCUCGUCCCGUUUGUGAAAUGUGACUCCUGCUGCUCUGAGCUGAGACUCCGUAAGGAGCAGAAAUACUUUCAGUUUGUAGCGUCCGUCGACUAUUAUUAAUAACGUGCUCAUAAUUUGAUAAACGUGGGCACUGAUACGCGUUAAUUAACUAAACCGGUUUUAUUUCUAUAAACUAAACGAUGUUGGGGGGGCGGAGGGCCGUGAUGUAAUCAUUGGUAACCGGUAACAGAGACGACCGCGGCGAGUCCAAUCAGAGGUAAAACAAAACAUUAUGACAUGAAGAUGGAAAACACUACGUGUGGAUCAAUAUAAUCUGCACCGUUGCAACGUUUUGUUUUUUUUAAUGCAAUUUAUUUAAUUUUUUUUUAAAUUGGACUCGUGGUGACGUCGGUCCCGUUCAAGAGAUAAUCAUGUGAUCGAUGGACGAGAGGAUGACGACAGUUUGACGUCUGCAGCUUUCUGUUUGUGUGAGCGGUGACGGAGAGGAGUGAAUGUAGAGAUAGAUGUAGAUAGAUCCACGGCUGUUUCUUUGUUUUCUACGUCCCCAUCAUGUCCUGACUUGCAGUACGUUUGCUGUAUAAUAUUUGACUUUGUUUAUAUGUUUUGUCUUUCAUCUUGGUUGGAUCUUUAAUAAUGAAGAAGAAACACCUCAAAGAUGCUGUAAUCAAUAAAAUAAUAAAUGACCUCAUGAGA